AUGUCCUCAAGGUCAGCCACGCUGCAGCAGAUGUCAGAAUGUCCUUCCUGUCCUAACACAGCUCACUCAUCUUUCCCUGUAGCAGUGGCCACCAGCCACCAACGCCAAAACUACUGGACCUGGGAGCGCCACGGCCAGGUGCAGCUGCGGCUGGAGAAGAACUCGCUGGACUAUGAGGCGCCGCUCACCGUGCACGACAUGGUCAUGGACACGGCCAUCAAGUACGCCGACUACAUCGCGCUGGGCUCCAAGCACAGGAACGGCUGGCACACGCUCACCUACAUCGAGUACUACGAACAGUGCCGGCGCGCCGCCAAGGCCUUCCUCAAGCUGGGCCUGGAGCGCUUCCACAGCGUGGGGAUCAUGGGGUUCAACUCUGCGGAGUGGGCCAUCGCCAGCAUCGGAGCCAUCAUGGCAGGAGGUUUCUCUGUUGGCAUCUUGUCCACCACCUCCCCAAAAGCUUGCCAGGUCAUCGCUGAGAACACGGAUAUGGACAUCUUUGUGGUGGACAAUGACAGGCAGCUGCAGAAAGUCACCCAGAUCCAGAGCUACCUGAAGCAUCUGAAGGGCAUCGUGCAGUACAAGGAUGAGCUUCAAGUGGAGCAGGAGAAUCUAUAUUCAUGGAAGGAGUUCCUGAACCUUGCAGGAGACAUCUCAGAUGAGAAACUUGACCGGGUCAUCGACUCCCAAAAACCCAACCAGUGUUGCACCUUGGUCUACAGCAUGGGGUCCACGAGCCUCUCAAAGAUUGUGAUGCUCAGCCAUGACAAUAUCACCUGGACCACGGCGGCCACCGUCCAGAGCCUCUGUUAUAAGUGUCCCCCGGAAGGGCAGGAGGUCCUGGUGAGCUACUUGCCACUCAGCUACAUCAAGGCCCAGAUUUUCGACAUGUGGGUGGCCAUCUUGGUGGCGGGGACACUGUACUUUGCCCCACCAGAGGCUGGGAGAGUGGGUAUGAUUCCACGUCCCCCCGGAGCGGGCUUCCUGAUGGACAUGCUGCAGGAGGUGCAGCCCACCACGUUCUACGGCACCCCAUGGAUCUGGGAGAGGAUGCUGGACAACCUCAAGACCAGCCAGCUGGACUCCUCCACCUUCCGCCGGAAGCUGGACUGCUGGGCCAUGAAGCUGGGGCUCAACACCAACAGGAAGAGGAUGUUUGAGCAGGUCCAUCCCCCGCUGUGCUUCCGCUUGGCCAAGAUGCUGACGUUCAACAGAGCCAGGAAGUUCCUGGGCCUGAGUCACUGCGAGCAGUUCUUCAACAUUGGCCUGGGGCUCCCCACGGCCACCCUGGACUUCUUCCUCAGCCUGAACAUCCCCAUCUUCGAGCUCUAUGGCCUGUCCGAGGGCACGGGCAUCCACACCCUCUCCAGCCACCAGGCCUUCCGGCUGCCAAGCUGUGGGAAGGGGCUCCCCAACACCCACACCAAGGUGAAGAAGGAGAACGAGAAGUGCAUUGGGAACAUCUGCAUCUGGGGCCGGAACAUCUUCAUGGGGUAUCUCAAUGACAAGGAGGGCACCCAGAAGAUGAUGGACUGCUACGGCUGGAUGAACACCAGGGACCUGGGCUGCUUGGACGUUAAUGGCUUCCUUUAUGUCUUGGGCAAUGUCAAGGACCUCAUCACCCUGAGCUCAGGGGAGAAGAUCAACCCCCGCCCCAUCGAGGAGCGGGUGAAGAUGCAGAUACCCAUCGUGCGCCACGUCAUGGUGGUGGGCCAGGACGCCCCGUACCUGUGUGCCCUCCUCACACUGAAGUGCCAGAUCAACUCAGAGACUGGAGAGCCCCGCACAGCACUGACCAGCGAAGCCGUGGCUUUCUGCCGGAAGCUCAAGAGCCAGUCCACCAGGCUGACGGACAUCCUCCACAAACGCGACCCCGUUGUCAUGGAGUUCAUCAGCCAGGGGAUUAAGGCUGUGAAUGCAGGGGCGCCCUCGGAGAGUGCCAGGAUCAUCAAGUGGGCCAUACUGGACACAGACUUCUCCGUGGGUGGCGGGGAGCUCGGAAUCACGGAAAGACUGAAGAGGGUGGCGGUGGCCAAGAUGUACCAAGCGGAAAUCAAUGACUUCUAUGAGGAUUUGGGUUAA